AUAAAGUUUGACAUAUUUGUGCAUCGCCCUGAUUGGCUGUGACUCGGCCACUCCAUGCAGCUCAAUUUCUAACGAGCUCACGCGCGCAAUCACAUAUUAAUUAAAUCGCCUCUCUUUUGUAUCUGCAGAUGAGACGCCACCCCUAGUUAAUUAUUAGGCUUUACCGUGCGGGUAUAAAAUAGGUGGUUUAAGGAGCUUUUUGUCAUCUCUACUGUUUCUGCUCGUUCAGAAUGGCCUUUAACGGGAAAUACCAGCUGGAGUCUCAUGAGAACUUCGAGCCCUUCAUGAAGGCGAUCGGUCUUACGGAUGACCAGAUCCAGAAAAGUAAAGACAUCAAGAGCAUCUCGGAGAUCGAGCAGAAUGGCGACCACUUCAAAAUAACGGUGACGACGGGCGCCAAGGUGCUGGUGAACACCUUCACCCUGGGGCAGGAGUGCGAGCUGGAGACCCCGCAGGGCGAGAAGGUUAAGUCCGUAGUGGUGAAGGAGGGCAACAAGCUGAGCUUCUCAAUGAAGUCGGGCAUUGAGUCUGUGACAGAGCUGGUUGACUCAAAUACCCUUGUUAAUGUGAGUAUGACUUUCUGGAAUAAAAGGCAUGGUCAGUGUAAAUCUUCCUCCUUCCUUGCAUAAGGAGAGAAUCAUGUCACUAAUCCCAGCCCCCACUAACACUUGUCUGGCUCUA